UUUUGGAUGGAAGGUCUGGGUGAAAGUAAAAAACAAAGUCUGAAAAUCGUGGUGAAGUGUGAUGCGCAAGAAGACAUUCACCGUGUUACGAGAUGAUGUGCUCGUUCCGUUGCAUCGUAACCGAGUGUUUCUUUUUCUAAAUGCUUCAGGUACCCUUCGGUUCCAGGGGACGAGCGCACCGGAGCUGCCUUGCCACGACGACUUGGCGCACUGCGCGGCAACUUUACGCACGCACCCGGUGGCGUAUACGGGCAAGAUCUCCAUCGACUUCGAAGGAGGAGGAGGACCGUGGACACCGAGGGACGUCAUCAACGUGAUCAGUGCUGACAUCGCGGCCCCGGUGUUUGCGUCGUCUUCAAGAUUACCAGAUAUUGGCGCAAGAGGCGGAGGAGGAGACGCAGCGGACACCGGGGACUGUACCAUGGCGCACGGCCAUCCGGACAUCAGCCACCACAUGUACGCGCCCCCCCAUCAUCACCCUCAUCCUCACCCCCACCCUCACCCGGCACCUUCAUACUCCUGCAGCGGGGACAUGUACCAGGACCCCUCGGCGGGGGGGUACCUGUCGACGUCCACCUGCUCCGUGGCCUACCACCCGCCGCCAACCUACAACCCGGCGCCUAAAUCGACCGUAGACGGCGCCGCGCUGCUGUCCAUAAUGCCCGAGUACGGAGGCUUCUACCAGCAGAGCUGCCAGAGAGACAUCCAGGCGGCUUUCCCAGAGAGGAAAUCCCUCCCGUACCCGCUCGACUCCCUCAGGGUGCCUCCGCCUCUCACUCCUCUCAACACCAUCAGGAACUUUACGCUCGGUGCGCCCUCGCCGGUGGCCGAAGGUGCGAUGGCCGCCGCCUUCCCCGGCCAACAAAGCCUCCCUCUUAGGCCCAUCUUGAGACCCAGGAAGUACCCGAGCCGGCCGAGCAAGACGCCCGUCCACCAGAGGCCGUACCCAUGCCCGGCGGAGAGCUGCGACCGCAGGUUCUCCCGGUCGGACGAGCUGAGUCGACACCUGCGCAUCCACACGGGCCACAAACCGUUCCAGUGCCGCAUCUGCAUGAGGAACUUCAGCCGCAGCGACCACCUCACCACGCACAUCCGCACGCACACCGGGGAGAAGCCCUUCUCCUGCGACCAGUGCGGGAGGAAGUUCGCCCGGAGUGACGAGAGGAGGAGGCACAUGAAGAUUCACCUCCGGCAGAAGGAGAAAAGGUCCUCCGCGUCCUAAUCCUCAUCGCGCAUGCGCCAAUGCUGCUGAACCUGAACUAUAUGACGCGGGGCAUGUCUAGUGGAUCGGCUCCGGCCACAGGAGUCCACAUCUUACCUUAGGUUUCAUAUAGUCAACAG